AUGAACGAGAUGUCAGAUGGUGAGAAUAACUUGCAAUAUCAAAAACAUCAAUUUUUCGAGUGUCUAGAGCUAACUCAAAAAGACGUCGCACGACUUAUCACGGAGCUCGUCUCGAAGGCGAAUCAGGAUAUCACAAUGUCAGAUGAACAACUUGAGAAGCUCAGAAAACUUGUAAGUGGGACAAACACUAUAUUUUUUAAAAUGUCUCAAAAAUUCAGCUUAUCGAUAAAAUCGACUCUUGUUUGACGAUGAGAGAACACGUCCGGAGAGAUCGAGAAGAAAUGGAGCGAAAGGUACAGAAAGCGCACAAUGAGACCGCGCGAAUCCGAGCCGAACUGGCCGCUUCGCGAAUGAAACGAGAGCCGCUGGACGAUGAUUUGGUAGGAAAAUCAGCUAAAUUUGAUUAUUUUACUUUUUUAAAGUUUCAGACGGGAAGCAUAAGUUCGAUGACUCUCCGCGGAGAGCUCAACGACGAUUUCUCCGAGACGACAAGUGACGACAGCGACGCGUCCGGCGAGAACAAGGAGCCGUACAAGUCGAGCUCCAACGAGCCCAGAGUCGAUUUUCUCUCGUUCAUCAACACGAAUGAUGCUUGUUAAUGAUGUUUAUUGCAUCGAGAUUAACACGUUUUUUCAGAUCUGAUGCUGAAAGAAGAGCCAUUUCCGCUCGGCGACACACUGAACAGUGAACGACUUGGCUAUCCAUUGGGAGUUGCCUAUGAUGAGACUCUCAAAGAAUGGCUUAUCUGCGAUCGGAGUAGCAACAAAAUCAUUCGCAUCAACUUUGAAACUGACAACGUGACAGUUACGGAAACUUCAAAGCUAAAAAAUCCGUCUGCGAUAAUGAUUUUCAAAGAGGGACGUACUGCAGCGGUUUUGUGCUCGGAAGACCAGAAAAAAGGAUUCACAAUCUAUCUGUACAACUUGAUAGACAAGGCGUUUUUGCGCUCGUACGCCUCUUAUAAAGAGGACAUGUAUGAGAUUAACCAUCAGAUGCGCGGACUCGCCAAAUCCGUCGGCUGGAACAUUCUUUCCAUCGAUUUGCCCUACAACGGACCGAAAAGACUGCGAGUCUUCAAAAAAGACUACAGGGGAAAGGCUUUCAACCUGCCCGGCGCCGUGCAGCCGAGCUUUUUGGCCACCUACCGCGGAACGGUCGCUAUUUCCGAUCUGGGCAACAAUAAAGUUUUCAUUUAUAAUCUGGACGAUCGCCAGUGGGACGACAUCCAUUUCAACCUUCAACGCGUCAUUGAAACUGUUUGUUUUUUAUAGUCUUCUGAAAAAGCCUUUUUGUUUAAAGGAACUGGAUCUUCCGAUCGAACGUUUGGCCAACGAAUCCGGAUUCAAGUUUGUGUCCGGAAUGCAGUUCGAUGUCAACGGAUUUUUGCUCAUUGGAGAUGCCAAAGGACACACUAUUAAGGUAGAAACUUAGAAUUAACUGUUUGACCAAGUGAAAACAUUAAAUUUUCACGUGACACUGUAACUGCAGCGUCUUGAAGAUCACGUGAAAUGCACGCGAUUUCAACAAGAAAUUCCCACAUUCUGAACCAAACCUAAAACGUUUCAGCUGUACGACACGGAAUACCAAUUUCUGCACCGCGUCUCGAGCGACUUCGAAAUGCCGUUCAUGUCGACGUUUUGCAUCAACAGUUCCGGCGAGGCGAUGAUUUUGGACGUACACGCGGAGCAGAAGCUCCACUGGGCGCGGCUCCAAUCGCUUUCCGACAUAUUGCCGUGGCGUGCGGUUACGAACGGAAGGAGCACCACUUUUCCAAGACGUGGCGGCGGUCCGUCGAGGAAUAUCCGACGAGGCGGAGCAAGCAUAGACAGAACUUUUAAUUAAAUAAUAUACAGAUUCAUCAUAUAUAUACGCUCAAUCUCCCGGAAUUCAUUCUGAGACGUCGAUCUCCAGUUCUGCUUUUACUCACACCCAUGAGUUUUUUAUUUGCUUCCUUUUGGUAACCUGUUUCAGUUAUGAAAUGAAAUCAUUUGUUCUUUCAGUAAGUUGUACAUGAUAAGGAGAGUGGGAGUUCUUUCACUCACAGCUACACCGCUGGCUCAGAUCGGCGCCAGCCUCUCUCACCUCAGAUUCCUGGACAUUUCGAGCACGUGCGUCACCGACAUCACGUGCAUCUCGAGCUUCCGCAACCUCAAAGUGCUCAUCAUGUACUAUAUGAACAUUCUGAAGGGCGGCAUCACCGAACCGCUGUCGAAUUUGACGAAAUUUCAGCUUGCGGAUUGUGGAUAUCAGUAUUUUCCAAUGGUUCUACGGCAUGACAAACAUGGAGGAGGAGAUGACCUACAAGGAGUUCCGCGAAUUCAUGAGAAUCGCGUUUGACUUCAACAGAAACAUCGGGAAUUUUAGCUGGAGAAGACCGGGGACUAGUUUUUCGUAA